AUGACUGACCUCGAAGUGAUCAGAGCACUCCACAUGGACCACCGCCCCGCAGAGCCCGCCGAGGACGCACCCGCUCAGGACACCGGCCGGCCGGGGACGAACAUCUACAAACAGCUCAAGCGAUCCACCAGCCAGCUCCUCCGCACGGCCCUCCGCCGCACAGCCCGGCUCCGGAAACACGCCGCGCCGGCCGCCCCGACGAGCGGAUACGGCUCGACGCUCAGCCUGCCGACGCCGGCUAGCCCGAGCCCCGUCCGCGCAUCCGCCGGCCCGUCGCAGCUGUACGGCCACCGGCGCAGCUCUCGCCAGUCGAUUUUUCUGCCCGCCCUCUCGGCCUCCCCGCCCCCGCCACGCCCACACUCGCCCACCGACCUUGCGCUCAGCCAUCUCGACCGCAUUCUGCAGGGCGCCCCCACCCCCCCGCCCGAGCUUCCCCCCCCAGCCCCGGCCCCCCUCACUCACGCCCUCUACGCCCUCAGCCCGCCCCACAGACCCGCCCGCAAAACCUCCCUCUCAAGGCCCCUUCCUGAACUCGGCCUGCGUCGACACCCCUCCAACCCCGAUCGCCCGCCCCACAAGGUCGUCAUCCAUCCCGAGGCCUGGCAGGCCAUCUCCAUCUCCGCCUCCAGAUACCACCACCAAGCCGCCCGCUGUCUCCAGGACCCCGCCGACCCGCCCCCGCCCCCCGACACCCCCCGCGUCCCCUCACUCGCCCCCGAUCUUCCCGUGGCCUCACCGCCUCCGCCCUAA